AUGCCUGGGUGGAGCUGCCUGGUGACCGGAGCAGGAGGGUUUCUAGGCCAGAGGAUCGUCCGCAUGUUGGCUCAGGAGAAAGGGCUGCAGGAGAUCAGAGCCUUGUUCCGGUCCUUUACCCCGAAACACAGAGAGGAAUUAUCCAAGCUGCAGACAAAGACCAAAGUGACAGUGCUGGAAGGAGACAUUCUGGAUGCCCAAUACCUGAGGAAAGCCUGCCAGGGUAUCUCUGUUGUCAUCCACACUGCUGCCGCCAUUGACGUCUUGGGUGCCAUUCCCAGACAGACUGUGAUAGACAUCAACCAGAAAGGAACUCAGCACCUAUUGGAUGCUUGUGUGGAAGCCUGUGUGCCCACCUUUAUCUACAGCAGCUCAGUGUCUGUGGCUGGACCAAACUCCUACAAGGUGAUCAUCCAGAAUGGCUGCGAGGAAGAAAAUCAUGAAAGCACAUGGUCUGAUUCAUACCCAUACAGCAAAAAGUUGGCUGAGAAGGCAGUGCUGGCAGCCAAUGGGCACCCCUUGAAAGAUGGUGGCACUUUGCAUACCUGUGCUUUAAGACUCCCAUUCAUCUAUGGAGAAGAAGGCAAAUACAUUUUAGCUACAGUGGAUACAGCACUCGAGAGGAAUGGUCUAAUUAACAAUUUUGGCAGAUUCUCUGUCAUCAACCCAGUGUAUGUGAGUAAUGCAGCCUGGGCACACAUUCUGGCUGCCAGGGGCCUACGAGACCCCAAGAAGUCACCAAACAUCCAAGGACAGUUCUACUACAUCACAGAUGACACCCCUCACCAAAGCUAUGUUGAUUUAAUUUACAACCUGGGCAAGGACUGGGGCCUCCGCCCUGAUUCCAGUUGGAGCCCUCCUCUGCCCCUGCUGUACUGGCUUGCCUUCAUGCUGGAAACUGUGAGCUUCCUGCUGCGUCCAAUCUACAACUACCAGCCUCCCAUUAACCGCUAUUUGGUCACAGUCUUAAAUAGCGUGUUCACUUUCUCCUACAAGAAAGCUCAGCAAGAUCUGGGCUAUGAACCCCCUGUCAGCUGGGAAGAAGCCAGGGAAAAAACUUCAGAGUGGAUCGGGUCACUAGUGGCACAGCACAGGAGGACACUGAAUAAAAAAAACUCAGUGAUGUGA